AUGACUACCUCAAAAGUUGCAUUCUUCCAUAGUCGACUUCGGGUAAAGAAGAAUGGCAUUUUUAUUGGGCAUCUUAAUAUUGGAGGCUCCACUGUUUAUGAUCAGUAUGUGAUUGAGCAACAUAUUGAGGAGCAUUUCUCGAGGCUGUUCUCGCAUGAAGAGGCCGAGAAUAUUGAUAUAACCAUGAUUGAGGCGAAUGUUCAUUCCAUUAUUACUACGAUGCAGAAUGCUAAGUUGAUUGAUAUUCGUUCUGAUGUUGAGAUUGAGGCUGCGAUUUUCAGCAUGGAUAUCCAUAGAGCCCUUGGGCCUGACGGGUUCUCUGGUAUCACAAGUGCUGGAAAAUCAUUCGUGAGGAUGUGUUUAGGGCUGUUAGCGGUCGGACAGUGUGAGUACAGUGGCGGCCUGCGUCCUAUUAUCUUAUCCAAUUUUUUGUUCAAGAUCAUUUCGAAGAUUAUGGCUCUUCGGUUGAAUGAGGUGGUUGCUAGUACGGUAUCACAGAAUCAGUUCGACUUCAUCAGUGGCCAUACAAUUCAUGAUUGCAUUAUGCUGGGCUCCGAAGGUUUUAAUUGUAUGGCAGGGACUAGUCGUGGCUCCAACAUUGCCUGCAAAAUUGAUAUUCGAAAAGCUUUUGACACCAUCCGUUGGGACUUCAUUUUUAUGGUUAUGCGUGUCUUGGGGUAUCAUGAGAGAUUUAUCCAUUGGAUCUCAAUCAUUUUUUCAUCUGCUCGUAUUUCCAUUCUUUAUAAUGGUCGCCUCAGUGGCUAUUUCCCUUGCUCGAGAGGGGUUCGUCAGGGAGAUCUUCUUUCUCCCAUUAUCUUUGGCAUUGCGAAGGAUGUGCUUAGCCAUUUGUUUCAUAAUUGCGUUGCUUUGGGUCACUUAACUCCCAUGCGUUUCAGUAGAGCCACGGACUUUCCUACUCAUCUUCUUUAUGUUGAUGAUAUUCUUUAUGUUGAUGAUAUUCUGUUGUUCUGCAAGGCCUCGGUGCGGAAUGCAAAGAAGAUUAGACAUAUUCUGAACUUCUAUGGUGUCAUUUCUGGUCAAAUUUGCAGUAGUGAAAAAUCCAGGAUUUAUUUUGCUAAUGGUGUUUCUAAAGCCAUGCGGAGUGGUAUUAUGCGUGAGUUGGAUUUUGCGCCUGGAAGCAUGCCUGGUUCUUACCUCGGAGUGCCUCUCUUCGUGGGUCGUCCUAAAGCGUCGUACUUCAUGAGCAUCAAGGAUCGCAUUGUGACAAAAUUUUCUAGAUGGGUUGGUUUUCAUCUCUCGAUGGCCGGUCGUAUUUACCUGGUGAAGUCGGUGAUUCAGAGCUCCAUUAUUCAUUCCAUGAUAGUUUUCCGAUGGCCUAAGUCCUUGCUUUAUGACCCUGAUAAAAAAUGUUGUGACUUCAUAUGGACUGGGAAAACGGAUAUGAAGUCGAAUUGUGCGGUCAAGUGGAAUCGUUGUUGUGCUAUCAAAGAAGAAGGGGGAUUGGGUGUUCGCUCUUUCUCCAUUAUGAAUAAGAGCUACCUUAUGAAGAUGGCUUGGAGCUUGGUUAAAGGGAAUAGUCUCGCUCAUCGUCUCUUGCGGUCUAGAUAUUUGACGUCUCAUGGUUAUGCUAAGAAUUCGGUUGCGAAUUCUUCUGUUUGGAUUGGUUUAAAGCACGAGAUUAAUGAUCUUGUUGAUAACUCUUACUCCGUGGUGGGCAAUGGUCUUUCUACCCUUUUCUGGACGGAUGAUUGGUUGGGCUACAGGCUCUGUGAUCGAUUGCACGUUCCUCCUUACAUUCAGGGCUAUCUUACUCAAUCUGUUGCAGAUUAUUUUUUUGAUGUCGUGGAGAGCUAUCCAGAUAUUGUUUGUGACAUUCUCGUGCUGUUUAUCGUUUCUCCUAAAGUCGUUUGGGGUUCUUGGAUUUGGGAUAAUGCUAUUUCGGACCGUCGUUCUUUGAGUGAUUAUGUGGUGUUGCGUAAUAUCGGCGCUUCCUCGAGACUGGCUCUUCCUCCGUCUCAUAUAUUGGUCUACUGGUGGCCGCCCACUGAUGAUUGGAUGAAGGUGAACACGGAUGGCUCGGCGUCCGGAUCCCCUGGUCUUAUUGCUGCAGGGUGGGUUUUUAGAGAUAGCACGGCUUCUGUUCGCGGGUGCUUUCACGUCAAAGGGGGCUCGGGCUUCGCCUUUGAGGCGGAGCUGCUCGCUAUCACCACCGCGAUUGCUAUUGCUCACUCCCAAGGCUAG